AUGCCACCUCUCAACAUCUUGAUCAUCGGCUGCAGUGUUGCAGGACCUACAUUAGCUACCUUUCUACUCCUGAGUCCGCUGCCGCCAGACCAGAAGCCGCAUAUCACCAUUCUUGAGCGUUCUUCAGCCCCGAGGACAAACGGCCAGAACGUUGACAUUCGAGGUGCCGGAGUUACGAUUAUUCGCAAACUGGGCCUGGAGUCUGUGAUUCGUGACUCUACCACGGGUGAGGAGGGUGUGCAAUGGGUGGGUGCAAGGAAUCAGGUCUGGGCGUCCUUCGCUGCGGACAAGACUGGCAAGACACAGGGACCCACGGCCGACAUUGACAUCAUGAGAGGACGACUGGCCGAGCUCAUUUACAACCGCAGCAAGCAGGCUAGUGAGAAGGUGCAGCAGAGCGGUGGAGCAGGGAUAGAGUACAUCUUCGGAGACUACCUCGACUCCAUCGAUCAGAGCUCCACAAGGAAGAUGGUUUGGGGAGACGACAGCGAGAAUAACCAUGUGAAACGACUUGAUGCUUUUGGAGCUUUCUUCAGCAUGCCUCGUGGACCGACUGAAACUAUGUGGCGUCGUUGGUACCAUGCAGCGGGACGACGUGGGAUCAUGGUUCGUCCCGAUCAGCAGAUAGGCAAGUCAACAGUCCUAAUGACAAUCGUCAACGACAAAGACGAGCGACUGGCAGAAGUCUCGCAAGGGGGCACACUGGCACAGAAAGCACUCAUGAAAGCAUAUUUUGAUGAUUCUGGAUGGGAGAACGAACGCAUCUUGAAAGAAAUGGCCGACACUGACGACUUCUACUACGGUAUCAUCGCUCAAGUGCACAUGGAAUGGUGGAGUAAAGGACGAGUUGUCCUUCUGGGCGACGCUGGAUACUGCGCUUCACCCUUCUCUGGUAUGGGAACGACACUGACGCUUGAUGGGGCGUACAAUCUUGCUGGCUCUCUCCUGAGGCACCCUAACGAUCACGAUGCCGCUUUCAACUAUUACGAGACAGCUAUGCGCCCGAUCGUAGAGAAGACCCAGAAGCUGUGCCGGGCAUGCCUCACAUCCUCCACCCUGAGACUGCAUGGGGCGUAUGGCUAA